GGUAAGGGGCGCACAAGGAAGACUCCGGCAGUGAAAAAGAAGAAGAAGAAGAAGAAGAAAACAAGGCAGAGGAGGAGGAGGAGGAGGGAGAGAAAACGAGAGAAGAACCAUCCUGGGAAGGAGUCACAUUUCAACCACCGGAUGUGGAGGGAGGAACUGAGUGAUCAGAGGUGGUCUCAUUUUUUACCCUUUCUUUCCUCCUUUUCUUUCAAAAGUUGCCUUCUCCGGAGGCGUGCGGAUUUCAGCGGAAGAAAGGUUUCCCCGGCCAUGGCGUCUGGUUAAAAGUGAUUUUCUUUUCUUUUCUUGAGCAGCCCAGGCACUAAGAGAAGGACUUUAUACAUUUCUGGAAGCGUGGAAAAAAGUCUUUUGGGGGGGAUCUUAGGAACUCUUUUUCUCAUUUUCUUCGCCCGAUCUUCACCUUCUCCACCAAGAGGGAGAGAAAUAUCACCAACCAUGAAGAAAUAUCGGCUUUCCAACGAAAGGAAAAUGAACAUUUAUCACCCGCCCGCUGGAGCCAAAGCGCAGGAUUUUAAUUCGGGCCUGAAAUACAGCAGUAAGACCGAGGACAUGAACGGCUUUGAGGAAGGGGUUGAAUUCCUCCCCACCAUGAAUGCCAAGAAGCUAGAGAAGCGUGGCCCAAAGCGUUGGCUGGUGGUAAUUGCUGUCAUAUCGAUCUGCCUUCUCCUGUCCCUCCUGGCUGGAUUCCUGGUUUGGCACUUCAAAUACAGAAACGCCCCUGAACAGAAGCGCUACAAUGGUCACCUGAGGCUCACGGGGUCUCAAUUCAUCGAUGCUUACGAAAAUUCCAGGUCCUCUGAAUUUGCUGUUCUAGCCAGGAAUGUGAAGAAAAUGCUCACAGACAUCUAUGACAAUAAUAAGGAUGUUGGCCCUUUCCACAAGGAGACUAAGAUAACUGCCUUCAGUGAAGGCAGCAUUAUUGCUUACUACUGGUCAGAAUUCAGUGUCCCUAAAUACAAGGUGGGUGCCCUUGACAAGGCCAUGACAAACAUCCAGGCUUCAAUUCCAGCAGUGCCGUGGAAAUCACGAAAUCACGAAUUGCGAGUUGAGUCGCUUGUUGCUUUCCCUUCCGAUCCGGAUUUAAUCAAAGCCUCACGGAACAGCAGCUGCCACUAUUCCUUGCAUGCAAAAGAAGGUACGAUCACCACCUUUACCACCCCAGGGUUUCCCAACAGCCCCUACGCAUCCAACGCGCGCUGCCUGUGGGUGCUGAGGGCCGACGCAAACUCUGUCAUUAGCCUGACCUUCACGACGUUUGAUGUGGAGCCGUGCAACAUGGGUAAUGACUACGUCAAGGUGUACGACUCGCUGAGCCCGGUGGACCCCCAUUCAUUGGUGAAGCUGUGUGGCAGCUAUGUUCCUUCAUACAACCUGACCUUUGUUUCCUCUCAAAAUGUUCUUCUGGUCAUGCUCCUCACGGAUGCUGAAGGGCGGUACCCGGGGUUCAAGGCGGAGUUCUUCCAGAUGCCGAAGAUGAAAGCGUGCGGUGGGUUUUUGACGGGAACAUCUGGGAAGUUCAGCAGUCCUUAUUAUCCAGGCCACUAUCCUGCUGAUAUGGAUUGCAUCUGGAAUAUACAGGUCCCCAAAGAGAAUAACGUGAAGGUGCGCUUCAAUGAGUUCUUCCUUGUAGAGGAUGGUGUUCCGGUUGGUUCAUGCACCAAGGACUAUGUAAAAAUCAACAAUGAAAAGUACUGUGGUCAACGUAACAAUUUGGUGGUAUCGAGUCAAACUAACCAAAUUAGUGUCCUUUUCCAUUCGGACUUUUCUUUGGUAGACAGUGGCUUUACGGCGGAGUUCUUGUCCUAUGACUCUAAUGACCCAUGCCCAGGCAGAUUCACCUGUCCGAGCGGCAAUUGCAUUGACAAAUCCAGGCUCUGUGAUGGAUGGUUAGACUGCAGUGAUGGUGCCGACGAAAGAAACUGCAAUUGUACCGAGAAGCAGUUCCGAUGCCAAAACGGUUGGUGCAAGCCGAAGUUCUGGGUCUGUGAUGGCGUGAAUGACUGUGGAGACCAAAGUGAUGAACUGCAAUGCCAAUGUCCAGCCACUCACACCAAAUGCAGCAAUGGCAAAUGCAUCCCGGCGCUCCAGAAAUGCGACGGUAAGGACGACUGCGGCGAUGGCAGCGACGAAGGAUCCUGUGGCUCUGCUGUCGUCAUCCCCUGCCAAGAAUACACCUACAAAUGCCGCAACAACUUGUGCGUGAACAAGAAGAACCCAGAAUGUGAUGGCGAGCAGGACUGUAGCGAUAACUCAGAUGAAGACAACUGCAACUGUGGCCAACGCAACUACAACCAGCAGGUCCGGGUUGUCGGCGGGAAGGACUCAGCCGUGGGCGAGUGGCCCUGGCAGGUCAGCUUGCAUGCCAAGGAUGAGGGUCAUGUCUGUGGAGCCUCCUUGAUUUCAGAGAAGUGGUUGGUGACAGCGGCCCAUUGCUUUCGGGAAAUUAACUCUAUCAGGUAUAACGACCCCAAGUUAUGGACAGCUUACAUGGGGCUUCUCGACCAGCGGAACAGGACCAACAACUUUGUUCAGAAGCGGAGCAUCAAGAGCAUCAUCCGCCACCCGUACUUCAAUGACUACACCUUUGACUACGACAUCGCUGUGAUGGAGCUGGCGAGCGCGGUGACCUUCACCAAGCAGAUCCGACCCAUAUGCCUGCCCGACGCCAGCCACGACUUCCCUGCUGGCAAAUCCAUCUGGGUGACUGGAUGGGGAGCAACUAAAGAAAAUGGUAAAGGCGCCGCCAUUUUGCAGAAGGCGGAAAUCAGGGUGAUCAACCAGACCAUGUGCAACAUCCUGCUGCCCAAUCAGAUGACUUCACGCAUGAUGUGUGUCGGGAUCCUGGCAGGAGACGUUGAUGCCUGCCAGGGAGAUUCUGGUGGACCCCUGACCAGCAUCGAGACCAACAACAGGAUGCUUCUGGCGGGCAUAGUCAGCUUCGGAGAUGGCUGUGCCCGACGGAACAAGCCAGGUGUCUACACUCGGGUCACACAGCUACGGGCCUGGAUCAAAGAGAAAACGGGCGUGUAGGUUGCUGAAGCAACCGAGACAAUUGUGCACCUCCUGUGGUGGGGGUUGUCUCCGGCUCUCUCAAGCCGGCGGCUGAAGACAUUCCCACAUGAUGUGAAGGGAACUCCCAUAUCUGCUUCUGUGUUUGUUGUGUUUUUGUGGUGGUUGUGGUUGUUUUGAGAGCCAAUGACACAUCUGGAUUAAUCGUUCAUGGCCCCUCCGAUGGACAGUCGCCAUCUUGAUACCUCUCCUGCGAGUAUUUUCCACUCCUCCAUCUCCAGAGACUGGCUGAACAUUUAUUUUAAGGCCAACCCAUUUCCUAGUGGGUUUGAAUGUGAACCUGAGGGCCAGGAGCCCCAUAGAAGGACCUGCCUCUGGGCGGGCCUCGUGAGGUAAGGGCUCGGCAUGUGUUCUGCUCUUGGGAAAGGACUGCAGUGUCCGUAAGUGUCCACAGGUUGGCAGUGCGAAGGAAGAGAGCCGAGAUGUCUAUUUUAAAACCAAGUCGCCAUCCUUGUGUGAGUUUCUGGAGACCGGAUGAGAUGAAGCAGGUUUUGUGUGGUUUUGUGACUAAUCCCGCAUAACCCGCUUCUGUGGCCUGUUCUUUUCCUUCCCUUGUCACACCUAGCAUGCUCCACCCUGUGAAUAUGACAGCACCUAUAAUGUUCUCUUUCAAAACUGCUUUGAAAGGGAGUAUCGGCCCUUAUUCCGUCGACUUUUCCCAGCCUGCAGUUGUCCGGGGACUUCGUAUUAAAGGGAAGCAUGUCAUCCUUCAAUGUCUGCUGGACAAACCAUUUUCUAACAUUGUCCAUCGAGGAUGGAUGGUGAUAUCCAAUCUUGCUAAUAUGGUCCGGCUAUUGACAUCUGUUGUUUUAUCGUAUUACUUCCCCAUGCCCCCAGCCCCAAAAGGUAUGUUUUGAUAUUGUCUAUGCAGAGGUAACUAUAAAGUUCUGCAGCUAAAAAAAAAGGUUAACUCAUUUACGGUUAGUGGGUCUUCCCUCCGCACUGCCCAGCUCAAUAUGUCGAUUUUUAUUGUGUUUUUCCAACUACGGCAAAUACUGCAGCUGUAAUGUUCUACCUAGCUGCUUUGCCUGCAACAUUUGAAGGUCUUUCGGAGGUCCCAUAAAAUGGUUUUAAAGGGAGAGUUUACCACCUGCCCAUUAAACUUUGCUUACUUUUUAUAUAUAAUAAACUAACUUCGUUUGGAUUUGAUUCUCUCCCUCUUUUGAGGUUUUUAUCUUUUUUCUACCCUCCUUGGAGCUGUAGAUCCUGCUAGCUCCAUGGACUAAUUAAAAUGGUGGGUUUUUUAAAUCUUCUUUGUUAGUACAAUUUUCCAAAGCACCCAGCUGGACUGCUGUUGUCAUUGCAGGGAAUUUUAGGCCACCGAAGAGACGGUACUGGUGUUUACCUUACCUUUAACCUACGAGGUUGCCUUUGAUGUUAAAACCUUGAACCAAAGAUGAGACUUGCAAUCCUGUGCCUUACUGCAAAAGUCCUGUUGAGAUAUUUGGGACUUUGUAAACUCGCCUGCCUUAACUGGUUGCAGGAUCGUACUCAAUUGAGCUGCAAUUGCUGUGAAAAUCUCUGUAGUGCAGAACAUACCUUUAAACAUGGGUAGGCAAUCUGGUGCCUGCCAGAUGUUUUGGAUUACAACACCUAUCAGCACCAGCCACCAUGGCCAAUCAUUGGGGAUUAUGGAAGUUGUAGUUGAAAACAUCUGGAAGGCAUCAAGUUGCCUUUAGGCCUUUCAGAGGAAUGGGGUUAUUCCAGCAAUGGAUGAAGGGGGAUGGAUGUGAGCAGAGAUGGUGUGUUUCUGGCUUGCUCAACUUCCUUCAGAAACCAGGGCCUUGCAUCAAAGUGGAUCUUGAAAUAUUGUAUAUAUCUUUAAGCAAGAAGGGUUCUAAAAUAAAAUGUCCAUUUUGGCAACUUGAUGGGGCUCCUAGGAGGACAUUUUGGCUUCUGUGAAGUGCUGCAGUGCCACAACCCUAAUAUCCUGAGAAUGACAUUCUGGGAUCUUUAGUUUCUCUGCAGGGUUAUGUGGAGAGCCUGGCUCAGGGGUGGUCAAUUUGCAGCCCUCCAGAUGUUUUGCGGUACAUCUCCAAUCAUGCCUCUCCAUUGACUAUGCUGGCUAGGCCUCAUGUGAAAUGUGGCCCUCCAGAUGUUUUGGCUUACAAAUUGCCCAUCCCUGGAUUAGGUGAAUAGAUCCAAGACACUAGCUGCACUUUUAAUUCACCUAUCUGCCCCUUUUUUCUUAAUAGAAUAGAGUAGAUGUACAUAGAGCCUAGAGUGUGAUACAUUGACCAGGUUUGCAUGAUCACUGCAGCCAGCCAUAGCUUAUUUCAUCAGUGACAGGUUGUGGUGUGCACCGGCAGCCAUUUUGAAUAUUUAACUUCCCUCAGGAGGUUGCUAUGGUAUGUUGUGUUGUCUGAACCCAAGUGGCAGGUGUUAUUUAAGGGUUAAAUAGUCCUCAACCCAUGGUGUGUUGUAGGAUUAUUUGAGGAAGUUUAAUCCUCAACCUAUCACCUGGGUUCGGAAGUCGUGACAAGCCCUGGCAACCUCCCACUGGGGCUUGAAUAUUCAAAAUGGCUGUCGACACACACUGUAACCCAGAGUAUAAGCCACAAUGAACUGUGGUGAUCAUGCGAAUUGGCCCACUGUGUGUGUGUGCAUGUGUGUGAGGAAGAGAGGGAACAGGUGGGUGGGAAUGUGUAUAUGUAUGAUUAUUUUUUUCUGUCCCGUUAUGGGUCAGAUUGGCAUUGCCAUAAUGUGCCUUAAUGUAUAGCCUUGUUUACUAUAUGGAAUUCUGUAGUGUUUCCUUUUACUGUGUCUCCCUGGGUUCUUUAGUGAGUUGCUUUAUUGGUGUAAGUCUUAUACUACAAGGCAGACUUCCCCCAACCCAGUGCCUUCCAGAUGUGUUUGACUGCAACUCCCAUCAUCCCCCAGCCAGUGUGCACAAUGGCCAUGCUGGUUGGAGGGUCAUUCAAGUUGUAGUCCAACAUACCUGGUGGAUACUAAGUUAAGGUGGGCUGCUCUAAGAGAUGUCUUUAGUGUGUGGUGUCAAAUCUUUGUUUCUGUUUUGACUUUCAUGGUGGGUGAAUAUUGGGACUGUUCAUUGUCUGGGUUGUCAGUAAUGGCACAAUCUUAUAGCAUUAGUAUGGAAUAAAGAAUGCUGGUGAGAAUAUGUGGAUAAUAAGUGCACCCAAGUAUAGAUGGCUGUGGGUACAGGGACAGAGAGCGCUAUUUAGAGAGAAAUCCUUCUCCAGGCUUCCUUAAGCAGACAAUAGUGUUUGAGUGUGGUUUGUUUUGAAUGUUGGGUUAUUUGUUGAACCAUGGGUUAUCGUGUUGUCUGAACGCAGCCAGAGUGGCUUGUUAACCAUUCCGUGUGGGCUAUUUUUCUCGAACAGACCACCUUGAGAACCCAUGGUUUGUUGUUAGAUUGUUCAGGUUGGUUAACAAACAACACUGCAUGGCUAACAAGCCACCCUGGCUGUUUUCAGACAACAUGCUAAGCCACGGUUCAGCAAAACAAACCAGGGUUCAAAACAAACCUCACUCAACCACUGAUGGUGCAUUAGCAUGUUGUGUGAAUACCUCUUUCUGUUGUGUCUCAUGUGAUUUAUUUUCCUUUUAUAAUUACGCAGUGUUCUUUAGCCAAAACUUUGCUAAUGUUGCCUCAUACCUGGUAUUUUCUCUAUGGUCCAGAUUGUAGAUUCGUGAAAAUGAAGAGGGAUGCAAAAGGAGUAGUUUCUGAAACUGCUUCUCUGUGUUUAAAAAAACGUGUUUAGUAGUUUAAGAAAUGCUUCUGGGUGCCUCAUUCUUCCAAAAAUGAAGCCACAAGGAGGGUCAGUCAGAUGACGGAUUCUCUCUCCCCCACACCCUGUAAUUUAAUUUAUCUAUUUUAUUUUAUUUUUUAAAAGAAAAUGUUGCAAAAUUGUUUCAGAUCAGUUGACUCAAGUUUAAUUUCUUAUUGUGUCUGUAAAUAUUGUAUGCUUUUUUUUUUAAAGAGAGAAACAUUGUAAAUAGAACUAAAUGAAUGAAAACCAUGCUAACCUCGAUUCCUACCCUUUCCCCCUUGUUGUUCUUGUUGAUGAAGGACUGAGUGAAAUUGAGAUGUCUGGUGAUUUUUAAUCUCUAUUAAA